GAAGAAGAUGAUGAAAGGUGAAGACAUGGAAAAACAAUUGCACAUCAGAGUGAUUGUGUCUCUGCCUCCCAACAAGAACCUGAGAAAGAACAUCACGUACGCACUAGUAGUAGUAUAGAAUUGCCCUUUUACAGCGCCUGUCUCUCGUCUGAUUCUCAAGGACCACGGCCCAAUCCCCAACUCCUGUUUCUUGCCAUUCUCGGUAACACCCCAGAGCCACUCUCGGUAGCUACGUAGCAGUAUAAAAAUAUACUCUCCUCAUCCUAGCGCGGCAACAGCCAACACAAGCAGAAGCCUCCCCCCCAGGCCAGAUCUCCAAGCCGCCGCCGCCGCCGCCGAGCCGAGACAAGAACACCGCCAAUGGAUAUGGAGCUCGACGAGGCUCGCCGCGGCUUCGGCAAGAUGGGGUUCGGAUGCAAGCACUACCGGAGGCGGUGCAGGAUCCGGGCGCCCUGCUGCAACGACGUCUUCAACUGCCGCCAUUGCCACAACGAGUCCACGAAAGACGGGCACGAGCUCGACCGACAUGCCGUUGAAUUGGUUAUAUGUCUCGUCUGUGACACCGAGCAGCCGAUCGCGCAACUGUGCACCAACUGCGGCGUCUGCAUGGGGGAGUACUUCUGCAGGGCGUGCAAAUUCUUGGACGACGAUGUUGACAAGGAGCAAUACCAUUGCAAAGACUGCGGCAUCUGCAGAGUUGGAGGGAAGGAAAAGUUCUUCCACUGCCAGAAGUGCGGAUCGUGCUACUCGGUCACUCUCCGCGACAAGCAUCGCUGCAUCGAGGACUCGAUGAAGAACAACUGCCCAAUCUGCUACGAGUACCUGUUCGAUUCUCUGAGGGAGACGUCCGUGCUUCGAUGCGGGCACACGAUGCACUUGCAGUGCUUCCACGAGAUGCUAAAGCACGACAAGUUCACUUGCCCCAUGUGCUCCAUGUCUAUCUUUGACAUGGAAAAGUUCUUGAGUGCCUUGGACGCCGAGAUUGAGGCGAAUUUCUUGCGCACGGAUUACAUGGGAAAGGGAUGGAUCGUGUGCAACGACUGCAGGGACACGACGCGAGUGUACCCGGGCAUGGCAGGGCAGAGGAAGUGUUGCCACUGCCAGUCCUACAACACCUGCAGGGUUGCUCCCCCGGUGCUCCCGGCCUAGUAGCUCCGAUCGACACAUGCAUAUUGCUUCGUCGGUCAUGUCGCUUCUCGGUGAAAGAUUAUGAUUAUACUAUUUAGUAGCCGCGAUUGAUGUAAAAUUAUUAAUUCCAGUCCAGCAUGAACUGCGCAGAAUCAUUACAUACGGUACCGAUUUAUAUGUAUCUACGGCACCAAUUUGCCAGGAAGGGGAGAGAGAGAGAACGAAUGAAUGAAAAACGCCACCACCAGUCAGUUCGUGCA